AUCUUAGGGAAGGGUGACAACAUUAAGAACUGUAGCCAACUGCUCUAUUGGGGUAACUUAAGAACAUAGAGUUAAUACAUAAAGUGUAGAGUUUUUUGUUGUUUUAUACUUAGGGUUUCACUUUAUAAGUCUGGAACCAAAGGACAAAGCAUACACACUCCGGUACAGUAGGUGGCGAUAUGCAUGUAAACGUUGGUUGCGACCAGCCAUGAACAAGCGGAAGAAGAAGUCCGGAAAUGACGUCCAUGAUUUCGCUCUCAGACCGCAGAAGUGAAUGAGCGGCUUUCUUGCGAGGCAAACAUGAAAAGCAGAGUUGAAAUUAUUAUCUUGAAAUUAUUUAACGUAUUCGUGUAAUAUUUGUUACAAUACAUACACAUUCAAGGUGGAUAAACCACAAUGUUGCAGACGUUUAAAGCCAACCGCACCUAUGUCUUCACACGAAGUAUUCUCUUUCAGCUUUGAGUUUCAUGAAGGAUGUCGUUUCCUCUUCCCAAACCUCAGAUCCCUCAGCUUCCUCAGCAUCUAUUACGGACCAUCGACUGUAAACAGGGACCUGUCAGAGCUGUGCGCUUCAAUGUUGAUGGACAGUACAUGCUGUCCUGCGGCGCCGACAAAUCUCUCAAACUGUGGAGCGGCAGCCGGGGAACGUUGCUGAAGACCUACAGUGGCCACGGCUAUGAGGUCCUGGAUGCUGAUGGGUCCUUUGACAACAGUCAGAUUUGCUCCUGCAGCUCGGACAAGACGGUGAUCCUCUGGGAUGUUGCCACCGGCCAAGUGGCCAGAAAGCUCAGGGGUCAUGCUGGGAAAGUCAACUGCGUGCAGUUCAACGAGGAGGCAACAGUCAUCCUGUCUGGUUCCAUAGAUGGGACAGUGCGCUGCUGGGACACCAGGUCUCGCAAGCUUGAGCCCAUCCAGGUUUUGGAUGAUGCCAGAGACAGUGUCAGCAGCCUGAAAGUGGCCAAACACGAGCUGCUUACUGGGUCGGUGGAUGGUCGAGUCAGACGUUAUGACCUCAGAAUGGGACAGCUCCACGUGGACUUCAUCAACAGUCCCAUCACGUGUGUGUGUUUCAGUCAGGAUGGACAGUGCACGCUGAGCUCCAGUCUGGACUCCACAGUGAGACUGCUGGACAAGAAAACCGGCGAAAUGCUGGGCGAGUACAUGGGACAUCAGAUGAAGGGAUAUAAACUGGAAUGCUGCCUGUCCUCCAAAGACACUCAUGUCCUGAGCUGCUCCGAGGAUGGACACGUCUACUGCUGGGACUUGGUGGAGGGCUGUUUGUCCUUGAAGCUGCCUGUGGGCAAGGCUGUAGUCCAGUCCAUGUCCUUCCACCCCAAGGAGACCCGCCUCCUUACCGCCUCAGAGGGGCAUGUCCAAGUGUGGGCGGCUGAGCCUGAAGAAGCAGAGGACCCUGACACGGCGACAUAAUUUGUUAAGACAGUGGGCUGGUUUGAAUGUAUGUGUUUCCCUCACCAUUUGUAAAUUCAUUAUGGUCAUUUAUGCAAAUUUAUGCAAAUUUGAUGACAUCUAACGAAUUAGCACUAGAUUGCAGUGCUGUGGCAACACUGAAAGUGAUGUAAAUGAGUGAUGGAAUAGUCGUUCUCUUCCAGCAACACUUUUGUGUCCCUUCAAUUAAAAUGUUCUGUCUUCACAAGAAAUCAGCAGAUUGAGGAGACAUUAUGUUCGUGAUUUUCAUGAAAAGAAAGCUCAGAUUCAGUCA